CUAAUUUACCCUCAACCAUUUCCCAAAAUCCCCAACGAACAUACCCUCAGGAAGUCGUUUUCAGAAAACGAGAAUGGGAUUCCAAACUUAACAAAGCUAGAGAAACACUUGUACGUGCAAAACAAAGACACUUUAUUUGACGACAAUAACAAACUCAAAACUAUUAUUAAUAACCAAAUGGCACUAAUACGCAAAGUCAUCAACACGGACGGUAUAAAACAAAUCGAGAAAAUUAUUUCUGAUGUCAAUUAUAUGAAACAACACAUAGAACACGGACAGCUAUUAACCAAACUCUUGAUCAGAGGAGAAACAGUAAUAUACGAUAUACACUUUCAAUUAGACGAACUGCUAAAUACCAAGACAAGAUUUAUCAAGAAUUAUGCACAAACAUUGGGACAUAGAAUCCUAAAUACUGUAAUAGAAUCAAAAGCUGAAAAUUUUCAAUUCAUACUAGACAUAGCAGACUUGUCAAUAUUCAUUAUCAGCAAUAAACUCUUCUUUAAAAUAUCUGUACUAAUUAUUCUUGACAAAGAAUGGGAUAUAGUCACCACUUGUCAACACCAAAUUUUCUUAGUCUCAGAAAUGGUAUAUAUAAAUACUGAUAAUGAGUACAUAACAACUCACUGUAAGAAAAGCAGAGGAACAACACUUCGCAGACAAACUAUGUAUUCACUUGCUAUGCUGUAA